AUCUCUCUCUCUCCUCGUUCUUCCAUAAAUCCUCCGACUUCCCCCGCCUGCUCAAGCCCCGGCGUUCCUUCUUUCUCUCCGUGAACUUCCUCUGCUCACGCCCUCCACGAUCGUGCCACCUAUCCAUCUCUCUCUCCCCCCGUUCUUCCGCCGGCAUGGCGGAGCAGCUCAUCUCCACGGCCGUGCUGCACACGCUGCCCCACAGCUACAUCCGGUCCGAGUCCGAGUGGCCGCGCCUCGACGCCGACAUCCCCGUCGUCGACCUCGCCAACCCCGACAGCGCCGCCGUCGUCUACCAGAUCGGCGCCGCCUGCAGCUCACACGGCCUCUUCCAGGUUCCAAUUCCCAUUUCGCCUAACGCUGCUCUGUUUUUGCCGGAAAUGGCGUUGCUCUGCUUUCGCUCACAGUGCGUGCUCGCGUGGUGUGUGUGUGUGGUUUCUGAUCGUCAGGUGCUCAACCACGGGCUGCCGGUGGAGGCGAUGCGGGCGGCCAUGGCGCUGGCGCACGACUUCUUCCGCCUCUCGCCGGAGGAGAAGGCCAAGCUCUACUCCGACGACCCGCCCAAGAAGAUGCGGCUAUCCACCAGCUUCAACGUGCGCAAGGAGACCGUCCACAACUGGCGCGACUACCUGCGGCUGCACUGCCACCCGCUCGAGCAGUUCGUGCCGGCGGAGGGGCCAGCCAAUCCGCCGCCCUUGAGGAAUGCCAUGGGCACAUACUGCAAAGAGGUCCGGGACCUCGGGUUCCAGUUCUACGGAGCGAUAUCGAAGAGCCUGGGGCUGGAGCAGGACUACAUCAAUAAGGUCCUCGGCGAGCAGGAGCAGCACAUGGCGGCCAACUUCGACCCCAAGUGCCCGUCGCCAGAGCUGACCUACAACGCCCUCACCAUCCUGAUGAUGGAUGAGCAGGUCACCGGGCUGCGGGUGCUCAAGGAAGGUCGUUGGAUCGCCGUCAACCUGCGGCCCAACACGUUCAUCAUCAACCUCGGCAGGGCAGCAGGCGACACAACAGCUGCCGGUGCGGAAGCAGGCGGCGGGGCAGUAUGUGGCAGGGAAGGAGUCGAUGCGGCAACACGCGGCGGGGCAGUAUGUGGCACAGAAGGAGUCGGUGCGGCAACACGUGGUGGGGCAGUAUGUGGCACAGAAGGAGUCGGUGCGGAAGCAGGAGGCACACCAGCAAUCGGCUCGAAAGAAGGCGGCGCGGCUAAGGUCUCCGCCGCAGCGAGGAUGAUGAACGCGUUGGCCAAUGUGACCAGCGCGAUCGUCAGCAUCGUCCAAUGCGCCAACGCCGAUGUCAACGACUGAAGAAUAGGGUUUGGCUAGCUCUGUCCAAAAGAGGCAAGGUAGUGUAUGCUUUUGGCCUUUUCGAUUGAAGGACCCCUUUGCAGGUCAUUUACAACCGGCGGAGUCCAGAGAGUGUAUUGGUAUUGUAUGCCACCGACCGGGGACGACAACAUGACCUAUCUUUAACCGGGUUAGAUGACUACAAAUUAAUACGUUAAGUAUUUAGUCAUCAUAUAUAGCUUCCCUGUUGAUGGUUCAAAAGAACAAGGACUAUAGGUAGCCUAGCCGAGUGGAAAUGGGUCGUUGCUGUUAAGAUUCUCUAGUCAUGAAUAGAAUGAUGUGUGAUGAUGCUUGAUUUUCUUUAA